AUGAAACAAGGAAUAAUUCUCACAAACGGGAUACCCGAAGGCGGCUGUCUCUACCACUUCGCGCUUAUUGUUGACUCUUACCAGGUAAAAUACAGCGUGUUCUGAUCUGAUAAAUAUUGAAACAAUUCAGGAGGUAAACGACUUCAAAAUUAUUCCCGUGGACACUCUCCAAAAAUACGAUAUUAAGAGCAAGUCUGGCAAAGGGCUCAGGUACAUUUGUGUUCAAUUUGUGUGAACUUCUAUCAUAGAUUAGUUUUUCAGUGAGCGAGGCCAGGUGAAAAAAAUUGUGGGGUUUGAUCAAUCAAUGCUCUAUGGACAAGUUAUCAGUUGGAACGAGAUUGAUUCUAAAGGGAAUACUGUAACAAUUGUGAAUGAAUUCUCGCCUUCACAGGACAUUUAUGAAUCACGGAUGCUCAAUGGAGAAACUCAGCUUUUGCUCCCGGGAAUUAUGUCCAGAAACAGAGGUGUGCUCUGGAUGCUCGGAAUGUGGCCAAAUCUCGAAAUUCGUUAGUUUUUCCAAUAGUUUCUCUGCUAAUGAUUUCGAUUCAGCAUAUGAUCUUGAACAGAACAGUCAUCCGAAUGUCGUUGUCAACGCGUGGGUUACACUGCAACUUAUGCCUAAUGAUACUAUCAAUUAUAAGCUGAGAUCGUUUGUGAGCGUUUCUCAUAAAUUUCAACACAUGGUCAGAAUCGCUGUGAGUUAUUUCGAAGCUGGAGAAGCUUUAUUUGUUCGACGUUUAGGCAUGGAACGAGGGAGAUGACGGCAAUCUUAACAAUUUUUUCGAUCCAGUGGAUGACAAGACCGCUAACUCGGAUUUCGUGUCACCUCUCAACUCGUCAUUAACAGCGAUGCGGGGCAUCGUUGUGUCGAAAAAGCAGAUUCUGCCGUAUUCGAUCCAUCUAAGCCAUCGAAAUGUAUGCUUCCGUCGAUUCGUAAUCAAUGACGAUGAAGAGUUCCCAGCAGUUGGUUCGUGAAGAAAGCAGAUAUGUCUACAGGUAUGAAUUACAGGCGCAAACGUUACAUUUGACGCUGAAAAGAUGGAUUUUCUGAAUGUGUACUCAGUGCACAAUGUGCGAGAACUCCGAGACCAAAAACCAUUCCCCACUACCGACGAUAAAAAGUGUGUCAAGGCGACAAUACGCUCUUGCGAAGAUUUCCCAGGAUUCUACUAUUGUGAGGCUCUUGGAUGCUAUGUCGAUGAUCCUCAGAAUAAGCUCGAGGUCUGGCUUAAUUCACAGUACACAAAAAGCUCUCUUCAAGUUGCAAUAACUUCGAGCGAACCAUCAGACAGAGGAACUCCAAGAUAUUCUGUCUUCGAUAUCGUUGAUACCAAGAAAUUGGCAAAAUUGACCAAGCUCAAGAAGGGUCUACAGUUGGUGAACGAGUUGGCAAUUGUGCUUGAUCAAAACGGCAAACUGUUCUUCCCGAGACUUCCACGAACUCCUGCGAGACUUCCAUUCAAAGAGAAGUCCAAGUAUCUUCCUGGAACACAGUUGCUUGUUUGUGCCACUAGUGGGAAUUACCGCUGGACGGUGACAGCUUCUGCGGUGCACCCGGAACGAGCUACUAUCCGAUCCGGGUUGAGAACUGAAAGGACAACCGGGAAGGAAGAUGUGAGUUGCGCUGAUUUCAGUAAUGAAACUGAUGUAUAAUUUAGAUUUGCUUCCACGUUCCCAGUGCUAUCGGCUGCAAAGAAAUGCCGUAUUUCAUCAGGUGCCCGAUCUUCGGACUUCUCCACACGCCACGGAUGUUCAAAAUCAGAAAAGAACCACAUACUGUCAAGUGGAGAGAUAUAUGGGUUGCAUUGAAUGACUGUCACCCAGGAGAAAUUCUACUUCCAGCGGCAAAAUUCAAAGUCGUUGCAAUGGGAGACGGCGACCAGUUCGCAGAGGUAGCCUGGACUUAUACGGACCCGCGCUUGAUUAUUCGAUUUUCCAGGUGAUGAACACUCCUGAAGCCCACGACGAUGAAAAAGACGGUUACUUCAACGAUGAAGAGCCAGCGCCCGUAAACAGGCGAGAGUAUGCGAUCAACAAUGCCAACGUACCUGGAACUUUCCAAACAGUAACCUAUGAUGUUUUUACCGGUAAAUGAACGAUUGAUUCAGCUUUUUUUCAUUAACAAGUUCUAGAACGAAAACGAGAAUUCUAA